AUGCAAAAGUUAGCCAAAGAUAAACGCAUAAAGGAUGCUGCUCUACCUAAUAGAUUGGUAGUCCAAAGUAUCGAGCCCGCAUUGAUCUAUGCCAAUGAGACCCCUGAUUUCGCUACAAUCUCGGCUAUUCUCGAUGAAGGUCCAUCCGAUAAUGAACAAGACGACCCAGAAAUUUCUAAACAGAAAGAACGAGGAUUGAAAGAUGCAUCCACCUGCCACCAAGACAUAUGUAGUCAUGACAGCCCUUACUCCCAAGGUUCGUCCGGCAAGAUUACUCAACCCAACCUUUUUCCGACUCUUCCACUACAGCCAUACAACAUGACAGCCAUACAACAUGGAGAGACUCUGCUGCCGCUAUCCGGCAAGACUGGCUGGAAGGAACUGGGGCUAGAAGGCUCAUGUUCAUAUAAUCCCACAGCAGCGGAAUCAAACAGCAUCAAGAAUAUAAAGUCUUCGAGACAAGCGCUCAAGUCAUGGCUAAAAGACACACUUGAUAUAACAUUUUGA